GUGAGUGAUGAUGAAUAAUAGUGUAUGAAGCGCUGUCUAGUAUUCGAAGAUGCGUCUGCUUAACCUUUCCGUUCUUCACGUCUGACCUAAGGAAGAAGUAAGCCGUUAUCUCUACCUCGAUUUCCUUUUCCACGGAAUAGCCUGUAAUGAAUCGCAGCGAUUGGUUACCCACUCGACACUGCAAUGAUAAAUGUAACAGGUCGUACAAAUGCAGCGUUAUAGGUGUUCUCUUUACUUAUGAAUUUACAUCCACCCAGGCAUAUUCCAAUCUUGAGGAUGGCAACGAAGUGUUUGGUGUUCGGCACACAAUGUGUUGCCAAGAGUGACCACAGCCAGCCCAAAACUGGUGAACUGGCCUAUCGCAAAGGAGACAUCCUCACUAUUAUGAGAACAGGAAUGGGGAAAGAACAUUACAAGGCCAGACACAACACCACAGGAGAGGAAGGACUCAUCUCUGCCACCAACAUGCGAGAGCGAGAGGCCAUUCGUGUCGACCCCAGUCUCAGUCUCAUGCCCUGGUUCCAUGGGAAGAUCUCAGGUCCCGAGGCGGUGUCCAAGCUGCGGCCUGUAGAGGAUGGCCUGUUCCUGGUGCGGGAGUCCAUCCGCCACCCUGGUGAUUAUGUGCUCUGUGUCGGCUACUCCAGCCAGGUCAUCCACUACCGAGUCAUGUACCAGCACAGCAAACUGACCAUCGACAACACCCAGUACUUCUACAACCUCAUAGACAUGAUAGAGUUCCACUCCAAGCACAAGGGAGCUAUUGCCACCAAACUUCUGAAGCCCAAAGAUAAGGAGGGCACCAAGUCAGCUGAGUUGGAACUGUCUAAAACGGGAUGGCUGCUAGACAUCAGGAAGCUGACCUUGGGAGAGAGUAUCGGAGAGGGGGAGUUUGGAGCGGUGUUUGAAGGAGACUACAUUGGCCAGAAGGUGGCAGUAAAGAACAUAAAAUGUGAUGUAACGGCACAGGCAUUCUUAGAAGAGACCACUGUUAUGACGAAACUGCAGCAUAAGAACCUGGUGCGGUUGUUGGGGGUGAUCGUAGACAAUGGACUGCACAUCGUCACAGAGCUCAUGGCCAAGGGUAAUCUGGUGAACUUCCUCCGGACGAGGGGCCGUUUUGUCAUUAGCACUGGCCAGCUUCUACGUUUUGCACUAGAUGUGUGCGAGGGCAUGGAGUACCUGGAGUCUAAGAGGUUGGUUCACAGAGACCUAGCUGCCCGUAACAUCCUGGUCUCCAACGAAGGCGUGGCCAAAGUCAGUGACUUUGGGUUGACCAAGGUGGACUGCAAGGCCUCGGACAACGCUAAACUACCAGUCAAAUGGACAGCCCCUGAGGCCUUGAAGAAAGAGAAAUUCUCCAUGCGGUCAGACGUAUGGAGCUAUGGUGUUCUCCUCUGGGAGACGUUCUCCUACGGUCGACAGCCCUACCCCAAGAUGUCUGUGAAGGAGGUGAAGGAGCGGGUGGAGCAGGGUUACCGUAUGGAUGCUCCAGAGGAGUGCCCCCCCAGUGUCUACGCCCUGAUGAGGGGCUGCUGGGAGGCCGAGCCCAAGAAAAGGCCCUCCUUUCAUAAACUACUGGAGAAGAUAGAGAGAGAGCUGACCAAACACAGCCCUGGGCCUGCCUGCUGAGGUCACCUCAAUAAUCCUAUUCAAAUAACUAUUGUUCUUUGUUCAGAGCUGCCUGGAGAUGGACAGUAACCCGGGACAGGUGGACCGAAGUGAGCCUGAACCCACAGAAGGCUGGUCAGGGUUGGAUCUAAUGGUAGUGACUCAUAAAGAGGCUGAACAUUGGCUGAUUUUGCGAAGGGGACAUGCAGCAUACAUCUUUCUUAGAUCAUCAAUGAGCCUUUAUACACACUCACUAUGACUCCAUACUAGAGGUCGACCGAUUAUGAUUUUUCAAUGCCGAUACCGAUUAUUGGAGGACCAAAAGAGGCGAUGCCGAUUAAUCGGCCGAUUUGUAUUUAUUUAUUUGUAAUAAUGACAAUUACAACAAUACUGAAUGAACACUUAUUUUAACUUAAUAUAGCCUCAAGUAAAUAAUGAAACAUGUUCAAUUUGGUUUAAAUAAUGCAAAAACAACAUGUUGGAGAAGAAAGUAAAAGUGCAAUAUGUGCUAUGUAAGAAAGCAAACGUUUCAGUUCCUUGCUCAGAACAUGAGAACAUAUGAAAGCUGGUGGUUCCUUUUAACAUGAGUCUUCAAUAUUCCCAGGUAAGAAGUUUUAGGUUGUAGUUAUUAUAGGAAUUAUAGGACUAUUUCCCUCUAUACCAUUUAUAUUUCAUUAACCUUUGACUAUUGGAUGUUCUUAUAGGCACUUUAGUAUUGCCAGUGUAACAGUAUAGCUUCUGUCCCUCUCCUCGCUCCUCCCUGGGCUCGAACCAGCAACACAACGACAACAGCCACCAUCGAAGCAGCGUUACCCAUGCAGAGCAUGCUCAGAGUGAGUGACGUUUGAAACGCUAUUAGCGCGCGCUAACUAGCUAGCCAUUUCACUUCGGUUACACCAGCCUCAUCUCGGGAGUUGAUAGGCUUGAAAUCAUAAAGAGCGCAAUGCUUGACGCACAACGAAGAGCUGCUGGCAAAACGCACAAAAGUGCUGUUUGAAUUAAUGUUUACCGCCUGCUUCUGCCUACCACCGCUCAGUCAGAUACUUAGAUACUUGCAUGCUCAGUCAGAUUAUAUGCAAUGCAGGCAGUCUCCUUGUGGAGUGCAACGAGAGAGGCAGGUCGUUAUUGCGUUGGACUAGUUAACUGUAAGGUUGCAAGAUUGGAUCCCCCGAGCUGACAAGGUGAAAAUCUGUCAUUCUGCCCCUGAACGAGGCAGUUAACCCACCGUUCCUAGGCAGUCAUUGAAAAUAAGAAUGUGUUCUUAACUGACUUGCCUCGUUAAAUAGAGGUAUAAAAAAUAUAUUUUAAAAAUCGUCAAAUCGGCGCCCAAAAAUACAGAUUUCCGAUUGUUAUGAAAACUUGAAAUCGGCCCUAAUUAAUCGGCCGACCUCUACUCCAUACUAUAAACAGCAGUGAAAUGUGGACAUGGGUUGCUCUAUGGCAGAAUCACUGUCUAAAGAAAUCAUCUUUGCAACAAAUAAACUCCAGCCAUCAGAACUAACUGUACAAAAACAAAACUAUGUGGUGCCUUCAGAAAGUGUUCAUACCUUGACUAUAUUUCGUUAAGCCUGAAUUAAAAAUGGAUUAAAUAAAUAAAAUAUCUCCCAUCUACACUCUACCCCAUAAUGACAAAGUGAAAACAUGUUUUUAGACAUUUUUGCAAAUGUAUUGAAAAUUAAGUACAGAAAUACGGUAAGCUCCAAAAGUAUUGGGACAAUGACACAUGUUCUGUUAUUUUGGCUCUGUACUCCAGCAUUUUGGAUUUGAAAGGAUACAAUGACUAUGAGGUUAAAGUGCAGACUGUCAGCUUUAAUAUGAGGGUAUUUUAAUCCAUAUCGGGUGAACUGUUUAGAAAUUACAGCACUUUUUGUACAUAGUCCACAAUUUUAGGGGUCCAAAGGUUUUGGGACAAAUUCACCAUGAUUACAGAUAAUCCUGAAUAAAUCGUGAAUAAUGAUUAGUGAGAAAGUUACAGAGGCAUAAGUAUAAUCCGUAAUCAUGGUAGCAUCCAUAUUAAUGUAGAAGUGUUUAGAAACAUUAUAUUCUUAUGUACAAUAAAAGUGACUCCGAAAUGGCACAAUACAUUAUUUACCAUUUAUUUCUAUUGGGCACAAAAUAAUCUGAAACACAAUCAAAACAAACUGCAAAUGCAUCCAACAAGUGUGUACAGUCACAGGCUUAAUGUAGUCAUUGUGUGCUAGGAAUAUGGGACCAAAUACUUAACUUUCAACUACUUUAAUACACAUAUAAGUGAAUUUGUUUACACUUGUUGUAUUCGGCGCAUGUGACAAAUACAAUUUUAAUUGACAUUUAGAGCCCAUUGUAUCUAAUUUACAUAAGUAUUCACACCCCUAAGUUAAUACAUGUUACAAUCACCUUUGGCUGCAAUUACAAUUGUGAGUCUUUCUGGGUAAGUCUCUAAGACCUUUGCAAUCCUGGAUUGAACAAUCUUUACACAUUAUUCUUUUUCAAAUUCUUCAAGCUCUGUCAAGUUUGUUGUUGAUCAUUGCUAGACAGCUAUUUUUAAGUCUUGCCAUAGAUUUUGAACUAGGUCACUCAGGGAUGUUCAAUGUCAUCUUGGUAAGCAACUCGAGUCUAUAUUUGGCAUUGUGUUUUAGGUUAUUGUCCUGCUGAAAGGUGAAUUUGUCUCUCAGUAUCUGUUGGAAAGCAGACUGAACCAGGUUUUCGUGUAGGAUUUUGCCUGUGCUUAGCUUUAUUCAUUUUAUGUUUUAUCCUAAAAAACAGGGCGGCAGGUAGCCUAGUGGUUAGAGCGUUGGGCCAGUAACCGAAAGGUUGCUGGAUCGAAUCCUCGAGCUGACAAGGUAAAAAUCUGUCGUUCUGCCUCUGAGCAAGGCAGUUAACCCACUGUUCCCCAGGCGCCGAAGACGUGGAUGUCGAUUAAGGCAGCCCCCGCACCUCUGAUACAGAGUGGUUGGGUUGAAUGCGGACGACACAUUUCAGUUGAAUACAUUCAGUUGUACAACUUCCCCUUUGGAAUAUUUGUAUUCUGUACAGGCUUCCUUCUUUUCACUGUCAUUAUGGAGUCACUACUAAUGUUGUUGAUCCAUCCUCAAUUUUCUCCUAUUACAGCCAUUAAACUCUGCAACUGUUUUAAAGUCA